AUGUAUGUACGAAUGUCGUGCGGGAAUGGGUAUAUGAUGAGGAAAAGAGAAUUUAUAAGAGUUGAAAAGAUAAUAAUGAACGUUGGAAAUGUUAAGAGAAGAAAGAAGAUAACCAAUUUUCACCCAGUGAUUUUGUUAAUAUUAUCUUUUUUUUUGUCGUUUGCUAAUGGGAUGGAUUACUACAAAAGAUUAGGUAUAAAAAGAAAUGCAACAAAGGAAGAGAUUUCAAAAGCGUACAGAAAGCUAGCCAAGGAAUAUCACCCGGAUGUAGCACCGCAUAAAGAGAAGGAUUUUAUUGAAAUAGCAAAUGCAUAUGAAACGUUAUCAGAUCCCGAAAAAAGAAAAUUAUAUGAUAUGUAUGGGGAAAAUUAUUCGGAUAGUAAUCAAGGUUUCGGCGGUGGAGGGUUCGGUGGUCAAGGGUUUGGCGGUGGGGGUUUCGGUGGACAUGGAUUUCAUUUCGAUCAGGACGUUGUGAAUGAAAUAUUUCGACAAUUUGCAAGUGGAGGUAGGGGAGGAGAAGGUCGUACAGGAAAUUUCCAUUUUAAAUUUAGUUCCAGUAAUCAUGGUAGUUCUGGUCCAAAUUUUAAUCAUCCUCCUUUUGAAAAUGAAUAUGAAGAUAUAUAUAAAAAUGAAAUUUUAAAAAUUAAUUCAAAAAAUUUGGACUCAAUAAUUAAUGAUAUUACUUACGUAUUAGUUAUCAACUUUUAUUCUCCAUCAUGUUCUCAUUGUAAAUCUUUUAAAAAAAUGUAUUUACGAUUUACUAAAAAAUUUGAAGGUUAUAUCAACUUUGCUGUUGUUAAUUGCCAAGAUGAAAAGAGUAUAUGUAGAAAAUAUAAUGUCAAAUCAUUACCGCAUAUUAUUUUAAUGAAAAAGAAUAAAACAUAUGAAACUUUUUAUGGUCAGAGAACGGAAGAUUCACUUAUGUCUUUUAUAAAUAAUCAUAUACCUUACUCUUAUGUUGAAGUAUCAAAUGGAAAAAAAUUAGAUAAAUUUUUGACCAAAAAUGUAGACAUACCUAAAGUCAUAUUUUUUAUUUCGUAUAAUGACAAUACUGUAAUGUUAAAGGCAUUAUCUUUAGAAUUUGAAAAACGAAUUGAUAUGGCUGUUAUAUAUAAUAAAAAUUAUAAUAUUAUGAAACUUUUUAAAAAUAGAAAUAUUAAAACCCCAUCUUUACUAUUAGUAGAAGAUAUAGAUAAUAUGUCAGGUGAUAUAACACAGUUAAAAAAUUUUGACUUUAAUGUUUUAUCUUUAAAGUUAAGUCAUAUAUUUGCACAAAGUAGGUUACAGAAUAAUCUAUAUGGUCAUAUUACUACAUAUCAACAAUUAACAAAAAAAAAAUAUGAAUCGGGGCAAUGUUCAGAAAAAGAUUCCCAAAUAUGUUUUUUAAUUUUAAAAUUAUUAAAUAAUAGCUAUAAACAGUUUGAUCAGGAUAUAAAAAAGGUAGCAUCCAAUUUUAGUAGUGAUCCUAUAAAAAUUUUAUAUAUCAAUAUUUUUGAUCAACCGUAUAUUUUAGAAUCAUUCGGAUUAACAAAUACAUGUACACAUUCCAACUGCCUCAUUUUAGUUGCCUUCAGACCGAAGAGACAAAGAUUUCGUGUCUUUGAUGGAGAAGUAAAUAUGAACAGUGUUCAUAAUUUUGUUGAUAGUGUUGUUAGUGGGGCAAUAUCAAUCAACCAAAAUUUGAAAAGGCGCUUAAAGUUCGUUAAUACGUCGCAUUACGCAGAUGAGCUUUAG